AUGGGGGACAAAGCGGGGACCAGAGUCUUUAAGAAGUCCAGCCCCAACAGCAAGAUCACAGUUUAUCUAGGGAAGCGAGACUUUGUCGAUCACUUAGACCACGUGGAUCCAGUAGAUGGAGUGCUCCUUGUAGACCCAGAGUAUCUGAAAGAUCGAAAAGUGUUUGUGACUCUGACCUGUGCGUUUCGUUAUGGUCGGGAGGACCUGGAUGUCCUGGGCCUCUCCUUCCGGAAGGAUCUGUAUGUCAGCACCUUCCAGGUCUUCCCUCCUCUGCAGGAGAAAAAGUCGCCUCUGAGCCGCCUGCAGGAGCGGCUGCUGAAGAAGCUGGGUCAGCACGCCUACCCCUUCCACUUCACUAUCCCUCAGAAGCUGCCUUGCUCAGUAACCCUCCAGCCGGGCGCGGAGGACACCGGGAAGGCGUGCGGUGUGGACUAUGAGCUUCGAGCGUUCUGUGCUAAGACUGCGGAGGAGAAGAUCCACCAAAGGAACUCCGUGCAACUGCUGAUCCGGAAGGUUCAGUACGCUCCGGAGAAGCCAGGUCCACAGCCGAUGGUGGAGACCAGUCGCAGCUUCCUAAUGUCUGAUAGAUCUCUACAUCUAGAGGUCUCGCUGGACAAGGAGCUGUACUACCACGGUGAGCCCAUCAGUGUCAACGUCCACGUCACCAACAACUCCACCAAGAGCGUGAAGAGGGUGAAGAUAUCUGUUCGUCAGUAUGCUGACAUCUGUCUGUUCUCCACGGCUCAGUAUAAGUGUCCAGUUGCCCAGAUUGAAGCAGAUGACCAGGUUUCUCCCAGCUCCACCUCCUGCCAGGUCUACACUCUGACCCCCACGCUAGGCACCAACAGGGAAAAGAGAGGCCUGGCCUUGGAUGGAAAGCUAAAGCAUGAAGACACCAACCUGGCAUCGAGCACCAUAGUAAAAGAAGGGACCAACAAGGAGAUGAUGGGGAUCCUGGUUUCCUACAGAGUCAAAGUCAAACUGGUGGUGUCUCUUGGAGGUGAUGUAGCAGUGGAACUUCCUUUUGUCCUGAUGCAUCCCAAACCUUCAGACCUACCCAGCUCCGAACCACAGUCAGUUGCUCCAGAGGCCGACGCUACUGUGGAUGCAAACCUCAUAGAGUUUGAGAUGAAUACGUCCCCUCAGGUUGAUGACUUUGUCUUUGAAGACUUUGCUCGCCUGGGGCUAACGGGGAUGAAGGAAGAGGGCGACCCCUUCUGUUAGCUCCUCCUUCCUCCUUUCGCCAACACUUACUAGUUUGAGCGGAAGGUCACAGGAUUCCUCAACCCCAGAACCCAAGAAGAAGAACUUGUGAGGGCAGCCUCCGGAGUCUUUUAAUUGUAAAAUGUAUUUGUUUUGGGCCUACUAGAUGUGUCUCUUGUUAAAGGAGCGGUCAGCUAUAAAAACAGAGGAAAUGGUCAGUGACUCAGGCAACUAAAGUGUAAAUUUAGCAGGUGAGCGAAAUGAAAGAUGUUUUUUGUUGGAUGGGCUGCUGCUUGAUUUUUUUUUCAUUCUGCUGGUAUCAGUAUUGUACACGCUGCUGUGAUUCAGGAUUCAUAAUUCUAGCUGGGACGAAGGAAUAGAAGUGGUAUUUUUUAUAUUCAUGAUAGGUCAGCUGUUGUCUUCAGGGGAACCUCAAACUUGUACUGCUUCCUGUUGAUUUUGUCCUUCGACUCUUUACAAUAAAAUUAAUCAAAUACAUUUUUAUAUCUGGAGCAGACCAAGCUAGAGGGUAGAGUUCAAUAAACAGAAAUUAUUUUAUUUUUAUAGUUAUUUUUUGUAUUUUUAGUAAUAGUGUGAGAUCAGCUCUUCUUUAGUGCACCUAUACAAAAUAUGUUAUUACUCAGUGAUAGCACUAGUGUGUUUUUCCAAAAUUGUUAACACUUUUUAAAAAAUCAACGUGUCAGCUCUCUGGUAGAAGUAUGUAAUAGUGACAGUUUCUACAUUACCUCAAACAUAUCUUUGGCAUUUAAUUUCUCGUCACUUAUUGGCCACUGUAGUAAAACCAAAUAAUGAUAUAUCUGUGAUGGAGCUAGUAUUGGCAUCAUUUGGUCUAUAAUCUCUUGUAAUCCUUCCGUAGUAUGGAAUUGGGACACAGUGUAGUGUGUGUGUAUGUGUAUACAAAAAAUGUUAGCUGAAUCACCAAAGGCUUUGGUGUACGUGAAUUAUUCUGUCUAUACUGUAUAAUAAUAAUUUCACAUGCAAAUAGCUAGACAAUCAAUCUCUUAACAGGCCCUUGUGUUUUUGUAUCUAUGAAGAUUUAUACUUCCCCCCCCCCCCCUCCCCCAUUGUUCCAUGGAGAUGUAAAUGUGAGCUACUGUAUGUAAAUGUCAGUGCAAGCUACCACAGCUGUUAUCAUUAUAAUAAAACACUUAAAAUGCUACAUGUUAUUUCACAAUACAUACAACAUAUGACAAGAUACUUUAUUGGAUUUGUUCUUUUACUCAAUAAAAUGUACAAAACAA